UCAGCUGUCGGGGAGGGAGGCCUUUAUCUGAGAAAAACUGGAAUGAAAACAGACGACAUUUAGGACUAUUCUUUUGAAUCUUCUACAUAUCUCAUCUCUCUGUCGAUUAUAUCACAGGAAGCUGCAGCAGCAUGGGGGCAUACGAGGAGAAAAAAGCAACAUGUGGAACCAUCUGCCUGAAAUACCUCCUGUUUACUUUCAACUUUCUGUUUUGGUUGGCAGGUGGCUUCGUGAUGGCGGUGGGUGUUUGGACCUUGGUUGAGAAGAGCGACUACAUCAGCCUUCUCUCCUCCAAGACCUACGCUGCCUCCGCCUACAUACUGGUCCUGGCCGGAGCCAGCGUCAUGGUAACGGGUGUGCUGGGCUGCUGUGGCACCUUCAAGGAGCAGAGGAGGUUACUGCGAGUGUACUUUGUCCUGCUGCUGUGUAUUUUCCUGUUGGAAAUCCUGGCCGGCGUCCUGGCUUAUAUCUACUAUCAGCAGUUGAACGAAGAGCUGAAGCAGAACCUGAGGGAGACCAUGACCCAGAAGUAUAGACAGAGCACCCACGAACACAUCACCAAGGCUGUGGACAAACUGCAGCAGGAGUUCAAGUGCUGUGGCAGCAACAGAUCAUCCGACUGGUCCGAGAGUGUUUGGAUCCGCUCCAGAGACGCAGACGGCCGGGUGGUGCCUGACAGCUGCUGUAAGACUCCCACUGAGCUCUGCGGCCGCAGGGACCACCCCUCCAACAUCUACAAGGUUGAGGGUGGCUGCAUCACGAAACUGGGGAAUUUCAUCCUGGACCAUCUGAAGAUCAUCGGAGCGGUGGGUGUCGGGAUUGCUUGUGUACAGAUUAUAGGGAUGGUGUUUACAUGCUGCCUAUAUCGGAGUCUAAAGGCAGAGCCGUAUUAAGAGAAGAAGGAGAAGAUACGUGUGUGUGUGUGUGUGUGUGUGUGUGAGUGAGUGAGUGUGUGUGUGAGUGUGUGAGUGAGGAGGUAACUUCAUCACCACAUGCCAUACUCAAAUAGCCCAUAGGUUCUUUUCUUUGCCGUGCGCAUAGGGGAAGGAAAAUUUGGCAAGGGAUCAAAUUGCACAUCUGAGGAUCUCAUUUUGGUAAACAAAGGGUGGAAAAACACUACAAGGUUUCUUGAAGUAAUUAGGCGCUCAAAUUGCAGUCUCAGCUACAUCUUCAAGAUCACAGCACUGUGAGAAAAAGCCUCUGAGAGAAACUGAUGGGAAUUUUAACACAGAUUGUGUAAAUUAGUUUGGGACAGCCUCUUUGGGACUUAACCAUUGCAGUGUUUCUUCCACUUUGAUUCCCCCAAUGUACAAUAGAUUCAUGUUAGUGGACCAGGUGUCGUACCCGUGAGUGCUGUAAAGAUUAGUGGACUAAAACUGGCACUUGCCACAAAAUGUUAAUCUUGGUCACAGCAGCUUUCUCUUUCCCAGCAGCACAGUUUAACAAGCCCACCUCUAGGGUCCACUUCAACUGCAACAGCAUUUUGUUUCCAUGUCAACUAGCUAGUCAUGCUUUUUAAUUUUCUUUUUUUUUUUUACCCGAUAGUGGCCUUUUUAAACGUUUGAACUGUUCGUUUUUAUAUUUUGUAAAUGAUUAUUUUCUGUUACACUUGAGAUGCUUUCCUAUGAGCUGUUACUGCCUUUAUUCCUUAAUGUGUCUUUAUAGUGAAAUGUCAGUGUUUGAUCAAGCUCUUACCAUGACUCUGCUACUUUAAACACCUGUUGAGAAGGACGCAGUAUCUACCAGAGUGAAGGUACAUGAGUUAGUGCCUUGUUCAGCAGCAUAACGGUGCCAAUUUCCUGCAUUUUAACACUAUGCGACUGUUUUGAGAUGUAAAGGCUGACGUUAAUGAAGUGAUUUUGUGAUUGUGUUAAUCAUACAAGCAGUGCAACUAAUAUUGCUCAUAAGAAAGUGCCUCAUGUUUAAAUUUUUACUGUCUGCUUUUUUUAUACAAGGGAUUUAUCCACUGAUGCCAAAGUUUUCAACAGUAACUUUGUGUAAGGACCUACUGUAUCUCUCUCAGCCUUAUUCUCAUAUCUACUGAUGUCUCUUUUUUUAGAUUGUUUUCAUAAAUAUAGAUUGUUUACUUUUCUAUAGACCAUGAAUAUAUUAUAGUAUUUAACUCACUUGAAGCUCACUGUUAGUAAUGAUCAUUCCUUGUGUGCCUCAAACACAUCACUAUAUUAAUUACCAAUCUGCUGUA